CUGCCGUUGAGUGAAUGAUUGCAAUCAAUGGUCCACCCCACGCACACACACAGCCACUUACUUUACUUACACAAAAGGGGACUGACUGACUGACAAAAGCGAGCGUCACGCUCACACAAAACACGGGCCAUGGUGGGGAGCCAGGGAGCAUUAGGGAGGGCACGUAUCCACACACUCACACGGACACACAGCACUACUACUAUCGUCAAUGUGGGCCGGGCCGCGCACAGCCCACUGGCGGUAUGUUGUUAUGUACAGCGGCUUGGGAAGUCCUCUGCCUAUUAUGUCGCCGGCCUCACUCCCUGAACGUCGGCCGGACACCCGUCGCCAUGAUCCGAAGUCAAAAAUGCUGCACACAGACACACACACACACACACAAAAACACACACACGCAGGCAUCUUGAUGCUCCUUCGUCGGUCGUCUGUCUCUCUCAGCUGCUCACAUUGCUUCUGCCGUUGUAUCCUCCAGUCGGCCGCGGUGAUCUUCCCAUCGGCUAAGAGCGUCGUCAUGUCGAACAAGUCCUCAAACAAGGGCCCCAUCGACUUCUGCGCGUCCCGACAGAGCGACAGGUAGUCCGGCAAAGGGUAGUACCCCGCCUCCACUCUACAGCUCGACGCCUCAGGCAAUGCGCACACAAACGCCACUUUGAACUUGGCUGUGAGAGCACCGUCCAUGAGCCCCUCCCACUCCACAUAUGCCACGGGGAGCAGCGAGUAGCCCACUUCGCGCGUCCGGAGGCCCUCUAUGUCGGCCGCCUUGAGGGGAUAGACUGCCCCAGAGACGAUGGGCAGUGUGUGUGGUGUUGUGGAGACGGGAAGGGAGAUGGGGGGAGCGGUGAUGGGCUUCUGCAGAACAUUUAGCAUGGCCGUCGAGUAGGGGGAGCAGGGGAGGUCGUACGAGAAGGGGAAUACCAGCUCCUCCUUUGUGGGCCUGCCCGCGAACGAACAGACAAGCAGACAUCAAUCAGAUCGCGACUCGUUUCGCUCUCCCUCCCUGUGUCAGCAUGUCUGUGUGUGUGGGUGUGUGGGAGGGGUUUGCUCUUCUCUGCUCACGGCAGUCCCAGCUGCUUGUUGGUGAGGUGUCUGCAGUGUUUGGAGUCAUAGUUGAAUAUCCUCUGCGCCCCAAACGCAAUCACCACCUCCCCCCUCUCCACAGUGUCCCGCGAGAAAUGCCGUGAAGCCGAUUCCUUCGACACAAGCGACCCAUAGCCGAGCAGAGGCAGCGACUUGUCAUCCCGCGAGGCCACAUAGUCCUCUAGCCCACUCCAGGGGUAGGCGAAGGGCGGCGGGGCCUGCUUGAUGGCGGCCUUCAUCUCGGCUGAGUGUCUGUCGAGGUACGCGAGGAUGAGCGUGGCUGCAUCGGCCAUGUCGCUGCUGCUGCUAUUGCUAUUGGAGGGAGGGGAACGUUGGAGGCCCACCUGCAGAGCCGAAGGCUGGUCUGCACAGACAGAACACACACAAACACACACACAAAGUGAGAGAGAGAUGUAUACGCCACCGAGCGUCAGCAGUGAGUGUGAUGAUAUACCUGCAACUCGUGCCUUCGUCCAUGCCGAUGGCAAAACGAUGAUGACGAGGAGCCAUGCGGCGGCCACCAUGCUGAGCCCCAUCAUCAGCACGAGAGCCUGGGCUGCCCCGCCUCCCUUGCGAGAGCUCGAGGGCAGUAUGUCACAGAGGGGGGAAGCCGUUGCGUUGGUAUCUAUCACUCAAACGAGGAACGUUGGAACCAUUACCCAUCCUCAAACAUGUAAGAAUAGGUGGGAGAGAGUCGGGGAGAAUGGUGAAGAGAGGAUCUGCCGG